AUCGCGUGCGUGCUUGUGCGGUGGAUUCGAUUUUUAAGAUUUUGUUGGUUUUUCUUUUGAAUUAGAAUUAAAUAGAUACUAAAAAUACUUUUCGUGUGAAGUGCUAAUAAAGUGUAUCUCACAAAGUGAAGUUUUUAUUAUAUAUAGUCAUUGAGCUACUAAAUUUGGAGGGAACGAGCUGUUUUCCUUCUUUAAACUAUCCUUGAAGGUGCUGAAAGUUAGCGGCCCCGUGUGAAUGAAUUAAAGAUGAUGCACUACAAAAAGGGUAAAAACGUGGAGGAAGAACUUUCGAAGGAACAGAUUCCGAUCGAAGGUCUGCCAGAACGAUUUCUGUGGAUGCACGUGAAGGGCGGUUCGCGCAUAUUCAAUCUAGUUGAUUACGCAAAGAAUGCCCUAGAAACGGGUGAGUAUCGAUCCAUGGUCUGGAGUGGUUCCGGUGGUGGUACCGGGAAGACCAUCAGCUGUGCCGAGAUUAUGAAGAAGGAUUUUGAACUGCAUCAGCUGACGCGAGUCUGCUAUAGCAAGGUGGAAGAAUAUUGGGACCCCCAGCAGGAAGGACUAGAGCAGAUAGUGGCUACCAGAAAAAUCCCCACAAUUCAUAUCUUACUGUCGUUAGAUGAAAUUGAUCCGAAGACAACUGGUUAUCAGAACUCGAAAACCCGAACGACUUUCUGGUUGGAACCAAGUUCCGAGGCUAAAACCGGUGAGCACCGUAAAGGACCAAAUUACUUUACUGGGCCACAGCUCAAGAAACGACCCAACAAACACUAUGGAGACAGAAAUGCAGCGGCCAAUGGAAGUGCAACUGGUGCAAACAAUGGUAACAGUAGCAGUAGGAGUAAAAACAAGAACAGGAAUAAAAGUGAAAAGCCAUCAGCUAGCAACGAUCAAAGCAAGCAAGCUAAACAAGUUAGCGGGAAUGGACAAAAUAGUGGCAAGAAGAAGCGUGAGAAUUCUGACAAACCAAAGGCAAGCACUUCUGAAGGCAACUCGUCCGGGAACGCUCCGACUGCAGGUUCUUGAAAAGUUUAAUAAUCGGUAAGUUCAAACUUCCAAAUAAAUGUUAAAAAAUAA